AUGCCGCGCGAAGGCAGUCGCGGGCGACUACGUACCCACGAAGCUUGUCUGAACUGCCGGAGGAAGAAAAGCCGGUGUCCCGCCGAGAAGCCGUCGUGUUCCAGCUGCGUGCGCCUUAAUCAGCCGUGUCUCUACGCGUCCGCCCGGAGAGCGUCUCGGGGAGACUAUUCGGACGAUAGGCUAGCGUUCCUCGAAGAGAAGGUAAAUCUCCUCUUGAGCGGCUCCAGACCCAUCCAGGAGGAACCCGAUGAACCGAGUGAUAUCUCUCCCCAGUCGUCGACGACCACGCAGGCACCACCGACUGAGUUGAACCAUGCCAUCAACGAGUCAAUUUCUCCGGGGUUCAACUUCGAGAAUUUGAACUUGCACCCCAGUUCGUCGGCCAUUGUCAAGGCGGUCGAUCUGUACUUUGAUUAUUGCCACCGACAGCCCAUCUGGUGCUUCGGGCGCGAGGAUCUCGAGGACCUGAGUUGCAUGUCGGAGGAACUAGUCUGUAGUAUCAUUGCGUUGACCUCUCGCUUCUCGCGAGAGCGCGAUCAGCUACAGCGUUAUGGUGACUAUGCCCGACAUCUGGUGAUGCUGCGCGUGGCUAGCGGAACGGUGGAGUUGGAGACUCUGGAGAGCCUCUGUCUAUUGUCGUACUGUGCUUUUAUGGACGGAAACCUGCAGCUCGCUCGAUUCCAUCUCGGCAUGGCUUUCCAGCUCUGUCGCUCCGCCCGGUUGGAUCUAAAAACCACGUACAACAUGGGCACGCCGUCUCCCGAUCGCAAAAAACGGCUAUUUUGGACGCUUCAGACCCUCGAGCAGUCCUACGGUCAGCAGAAUGGCAUUCUUAGCCCGUCGGGAGAAAGCCUGCGACCGUUCUAUGUGUCCGCGGUCGGCGACCAGGGAGACUCCCGGCUCCCCUCUCUACCUCGCGACGAGAUUGGCUGUUCUAGAUCGGACGACAUGGGCAUCUGGAACCUGACGGCGCACUUUGGCUGGGUCUGGAGUCGAGUGCGAACAUACGUGUCGGACGUGGCACAGAACCGGCUGAAGGAGCCGUGGCGACACGACUCGAUGUACGCGAUGAUUCAGUCCGACCUGACAGAAAUGGAGAACAAGCAUUCCCACUGCCAUCGAUACGAGUCGGUCAAAUUCUACGAGCGCCGACCUGACGAGUUGAGAGUCAAUCGCGACUAUUGGGUCCCGUGGCUGAAGCUACAAUUCACAUACCAUUCCAUUCUCACCGUGUUAAACCACCCCUUCCUCUACAUCGCCGCAUCCCAAUACAACAACAACCUCACAAUCCCCAACACCUUCUGGCGCCGAUCCUCCGAGCUUGUCCUGCUGCAUGCAACCUGGGUUGUCCGGCUGAUCGACAUGGUCACCGACAAGAAGCUGCAGCUCGUGGAUCCGUUCUUUGGACAAGCAGCGCUGAUCGCCGCCACCGUGCACCUCUACUACUGCUGCGCCGCGGACCCUCGACUGAAACAAAAGUCGAAAGUAGAUCUGGCCAAGUGCCGGCGCUUCUUACAGCGCUUUGUCUGGUUUUCACCGGCCUGCAACGCUUUGGUAGGUAUCCAUGCCAUAGCCAUCACGUCUCCAAAUGGAGGACUGACCUCGGUAUAG